UUUAGGGCUUUUGGUCAAAUGUUUGGAAAAUGAACAGGGUCACGUCUUCCUCAAAUGGCCAAACGAAGAAAUUCCCUCAGCCGCCGGCGAAGAAGGAGAACAUUCUAAAAAGGGAGCUACUUCCGGUGAAUCCUUUGAGAGGUCUUAGUACAAGAAGCUCUGGAAGUAGCAGUUGUAGCAAUGGCAGUGGUUCUGGGUCAACUUCCGGUGAAGCCUCCAACGGUUCUCACAGGUUCUUGCUCUCUCAUUCUUUCUCAUCGUCUUCUUCCACUUCUUCUUCCUUGGGAGUUUUUCCUCAUGGUGGUAGUAGUAGUAAACCUGUUAAAUCUGUGGCUAAAACCCCCAAAUCUGCUCCAGUAGUGAGUAAACCCUUAAUUAGAAAGAAACCAAAGUCUCUGGAGGAGACUAAGCUGAAAUCCACUGUUGCUGUGAAACCCAAUUUGCACAAGUCUCAGAGAUGUAAGUCAAACCCUGCAUCUGGACUGAGACCCGCUGGUAAGAUUACCAUAAAACCGAAGAAAGGUUCGGUUUUGAGGAAGCAAUCUUCUGUUUCUAGAGAGGUUAAGCUAAAAGAUCGUCAAACUACGAUUAGAGUAGAUGAUAGUAUUGCACAGAUUGUUACUCCUGUGUCUAAAGUAGGAACAGGAUCUGAUGUGAUUUGUAGAAGCAAUGGUGAAGUUAUAGAUGAUGGUAGAUUAGGCAACAGUAACAGCAGUUAUCAAGACAGGACACCACCGGUUCAAGCAUCAGUAUCUCCAGAGAUACAGUGUGGAUCGUCUAUGAAUUUGUCAAUAUCAGCUCAAUCACAAGCUUGUUAUGCUGCUGGGCAUUUACUCUCAGGUGUUAGUGAUAAGAGGAAGUGCAAGCCUAAAGGAAUACUCACUGUGGGUGAAAAUGGUUUCGAGGUUGGUAAGGGAAAGAUACUGAAUGAUUCUGAUGAAUUUGAUGAAGGAGAUUUUGGUAAAAGUGGAAGUUUCAAUAACAUCUCUAUGAUGCCUUUACCUGCCGAUGCGUCAGUUCAGUGGCUUUUAUCUCCUUGUGAUGAGGAGAACGAACAUGAGAACGAAAAAUAUGAUGAUGGUUUCUUUCAGAUUCAGCAAAAUGUUGAGUGUGUUGGCCAUGAGAGUCCUUCGCCACUAUCAGAUCGUAGUACUUAUUCAGAUUUGUGCAAUAUUAGUAGUGGCAGAAGUCAUUCACCCAUGAAUAUAUGUAAAGAGACGAUGAGAAGGAUCAGUUCUUCGCUUUCUCCUAAUGAGCGUUCUCGGUUCAGGAGAUUUAUGCAACUUUCAUCCUGUGAGGGUUCAGCAUUUGACACUACCCCUACGUGUGAGCUAGAUCCUUCUGAGCAUUUGAAAGGAGAUAAACCGUCUCCCUUAUCUGUUGAUACGCUAGGAAGUGAGAAUGUAAUUCAAACACCAGAAUCCUACUCAAGCUUCGACAGUUAUUUGGGACUCUUAAGUUCCCCAGCUGAAAUCCAAAAGAAACUUGAGGUUGGUUCAGAGUUGGAAUCACUGACAACGACUCUUCAGUCAGCCAGAUUGUCACCAAGGAGCCACGCUUCAUCACGGGAACCGAGCAGUUCAAGUUUCAACUUUGACUCUUUGGCCACAUCUUCUGAUUCCGUUGAUCUAUCUCAGUUCCAGAGAGGUUUAGUCAACAUGGGUUCUCGGGAUAGAGUGUCAAGGAAACAAGUGAGAGUAUCACGGAGAGAAGAAAUAGAUAGCCACAGGCCUGAACUGAAAUCCCAACAGAUUACAAAUACUGAAUUUGAUAUGCGAUAUAACAAAGAAGUUGAUGCUCCUCCGGGAAAAGGAAGAGAAUUGCUUCCAUGCUCUGCUGCAGAGUCAAUAAGCACUGAUGGUGGUGGUCUGGUUUGCUCUGAAGAUUCAAAUUGGAUGGCUUGUUACAAGAAUUAACUUCCUAGACGAUUAGUUUUUGCAUUGGUUUCUUUGUAAGUAGGUCCACGUUAGCAGGUAACUGAAGGAAAUUUCCUUCUGUCGUUGUGUUUUUCUCUUGUUUUCUUCACAUUUUCCACUUAUAAACAGCAAUUUUUUUUA